UUCCUCUCCCAGAUGGAGAUUCUCCUCAUCUUCUCUAUUUUUUUCAUCUAUAAUCCUUUUAUACCUUCUCCUAUAAUUCCUUUUUCCAACGGCAAUUCCAUCGAUAUCGACCUGAUCGACUAUUCGGUAAGGUCAUUUUGUUCGCGAUUCCGCCGCGUCUAUGAUAUGCUCUACUAUCAUAGGAUCGACCGUGUUAUCUACGAUCGGUUAAUCGCCCACGGCGCCAACCCGAUCGUCGCCCGCAACAUCAUCGCACUCCUCUACACUCUUGAUGACAGAAUGGGCUUCCACAUCAUAUCCUACCUCAGCAACAAGUACAACGAUGACCCUCCAAUAUCCCUACUCUUGCGUAUCUCCAUUGAGGCAGAGUCCCUCGUUGAUUGGGGAUUAAACAAUGACUCUGCAUUCUUCCGUCUCAUCGCUGAGGCAGAGUCCAUCCUUGCUUGCAUCCGCGGCGACUUGCCCCCGCGGAAGUCCCCCCAGGAGAUCCCCCUCUUGAGCUCCCUCAGAUCCGUUCCCAUGGACCUCGACUACUUCAACAGACAUCGCCACGAGACCGCCGCUGGCAUCGCUCACGCCCUCGCCUUUGGCAAGUUUGGCAGGUUUUUCUUCGACGACGCCCUCUUCACCACCUUCCUCCGUUGCAAGGUGGCGAAUAUGGACGCCUACCGACGCAACGCUUCGCCACCUCUGAUGCCACCGGAGCUGGAGACGGAAUUAUCGGAUAUAGUAACUUCAGUCAACGACCGCUCCCUCAUCAUCAACUUCCUCAGGGCAUCUCCUCUAACGGAGCGGGAGAUUGCAUUCUACUUUCAAGAACAAUUGGGGAAUUGCGUGGAGCGUGUGGAGAAGAUGCCGGCGGCGGCGACAGCAACGCACUUGUGCACGAGGGUAGUUUUCAAGUUAGAGGGGUAUGUUGCCCUGGUGUUCCACGGCCAGAUUGAGUUCAAGUUGGCCAUCAACGGAAAGCAAGUGUCGGUGCGACAGAUCGAGUAGAGGAUGAACUGAAAUUUCCAAUUAAUUAGUUGCAUUAAUUUCCUUAACGUUGUUACCAUGGAUGUUAAGUUUCCAAUUAGUUGCAUCAAUUUCCUUAACGUUACCUUGUUUAGUUGGCCUGAUCUCAUCGAGGAUGUUGAACGGAUCAGGUGGGAUUGGUGGCAUGGAUAAACUUUUCUGA